CCGUGGUCCUCCUAGUUACCGUCUCCAUCUGUCCACAACAGAAGUCGCGUGCGGAGCGCCGUUUGGAGGAUAAGAUGUGAUGGACUGGGCAGCUGAACGCCGCUCUCAGAGACUCUCGGCGGGGAGUGAGGAGGUGAGGAAAAUCGAGGCAGGAAAACAACACUCUGCUGAAGAUCACCUGGAUGAAUAUUUAAUCAGCCUACAGCACAAAAACAGAGCGUUGAAGAAGCUGCAGGUUAAGGACCCAAAGCAGUCUGAGUUGGAGCAGUUGGAGCAGGGCUUCACCCUCUACCUCAACGGCGCUAAUGCUAAUGCUAAUGUGGCUAAGAUCAGUCGCCCCAGCAGGAGACCUGCCCAGAGAUACCUUAUCAACCCCUCACCAGCACACAGAAACACACACACCGCAGAUGCCUCCAGGAAGAGCUCAGUAGAACAUCCAGCACAGAGGAGCCACACUGCACCGGAGAGAGUACAGCGCAGAGAAUGGGUCCAGGGGUCGGUCCAAAUCCGUACAGAGAAAGGAGACCGAAUCAAAGUGUCUCCAGAAGAUAGGUACUCUGACGACUUUGAGGCGUACGAGAGCGUAAACAUGGAGGACGGGAGGCGGGACUGUACCGUAUCCAGAGCUUUGGGGUCUCAGUCAGACGCUGACCCUGCAGACAGAGUUCUGCUCAACAUGGAUCAGGUCAAAGUUCUGCGGCGCAGCCUGGAGGCGAGUGUGAGGCGGAGCAGCCGUGACUCUGCGGGGGAGGAGUCUGAGGAGGAGUGGGUGGAGGAGCAGCUGGAGAGGGAGGAGAGUAACGAGAGUCUGAGUGACAUCACCCUGCCCUCCUCCCCCAAACUCACACAGCCAAUCAACAGCCGCCCUAGCCCCAGUGACCUCAUUGUGCUGGACUUCGGCACCUCCCACAAAGGGCGUAAGAUUGAGCACUCUCUCACGGCUAAGCGGAAGGAUAACGUGGAGUCGUAUGUUCCCACCAAACCGGUUCUUGUGCGGAAAACGGACCGACCCAAUAGAACCCGACAGGACACUCCACGGCCGUCUAGUCGAGUAGAGCGCCCCCUGUCGGCGGUGCGUAAAGUGCAGGAUGAGCGGGAUUCGGAGGAGACGGUGGUUCGAGUGUUUGAGGCUCUGCAGAGAGAAAACACACCUACUACCACACACCUGUCCGACCGAGCGUCUCACACACACUCCCCUGAUCCCAGAGACAGGAGUGUGUUCAGCCUCAGCCCGACGAGAACUCGUCAGCAGAUGAAUGGAUCCAUCCAUGGUGAGGAUGAUGAUGAGGAGGAUGAAGAUGAGCAUGAAGGGGGUCGAGUGACUAAAGCCAUGCAGAGGAUCACUCUAAUGGAACCAAGUCAGCAGAAGCGAUUGCUGAAGGCUCUGGAGAGAAUUGAAGCUGAGUCCAGUGUUUUUCACUCGCGUGUCAGCAGCUCUCCUCCAGCUUGGCAGAGGAGAGCGGCGGUGUCGGAGGUGACGUCCACUCUGUACGUUACGAUGGAGAUUCUCUCUAACUGGGGGAACCCGGGUCGCGUGGGACUGACCGAGGUCCAGUUCUUCUGCCGGAGGAACCGCAGACUCUAUGUCUCUCCACACGACCUGGACAUCCGCAACACCGACCAGCCCGGCAACCUCGCCGCCCUCGUCAACGGCAAGACCAAGACGACUAAAGAGCGGAACAUGUGGGCGUGUACGUUUCACGCUCCGGUGCAGCUGUACGUUGUGGUCAGAAACGCAGAACGCUCUCCGGAUUUCAGCAUCUCCCGCAUUAAAAUCUGGAAUUACAACCGCAGCCUGAACGACCUGGACGUCGGUGCUCGUGAUGUGCGUGUGUACUUGAACAGUACGCUGGUGUACGAAGGCCAGCUCCAGAAGGGCUGCGGGAACCAGGUCUUCGACUACAGCACCACCAUCGACCUGAAGGAACUACACCUCCCAGAAUGCACCUCCCCGAGCCCCGCCUCCUCAAGCCACACCCUGCGAGGCUGCAGUCCCCGCUUUGACAGCAGGACUCGAGACAUCAGCCCCGUCCAAUCAGAGCACCCCGGCUCCCCCUACCUGAAGGAAGAGACUGAGAGUAGCGUCGACCAAUCAGCUUACAGCCCCGAUAAUGUGAAAGCAGAGAGACUGUUAGGAUCUGACCAAUCGGAGCACAGCACUGCUCCUGCUGUCGCCCCCGGCAACCCCGUGAUGCAGAGGGACUCGUUAGAGCGGGAUUCUCCCCCGCUGGACCUCACGCUGAACCAGAAGCCACCGUCGCUGGGGCAACAGAGGGAGGUGGUUACUACGGUAACCACUCAGCCUGCCUCCUACCGGACCCCCGAGUGGCUGCGCUCCCCGCAGGAACGAGAGCGCCCCCUGUGGCUGGAGGCUCAGAACGCAGGCGAGGAAAUGAGAGCUAAACACUCCGUCCUGCCCGACAUCCCCUGCAACCCGGCCCGAGUGUGCGGCGCCGCCUCCAGCAAAGCCUCCAGCCAGAAGAGGGUGCUGAACAGGAUUCAGAGGGAGGCGUCGUCUGAGUUCAGUGCUGAUUCGCUGGAGCUGGACCCCGAGCUGAACCUGGAGGCUGAAUCGGAGAGCAGAGCGUCGGACCCGGACGGGAACGUCCUUCCGAAGCGGGAUCUGGACAUGCUGGAUGAGCUGAAUCAGAAAUCACACCGACCAACCAGCGGCCGGAGAGGAUCCACCCGCUCCAAACCCAAACCCAGCCAGAACCACCACCCUGAGAGAGCCUCUGACAUCACUUCCUCAGUUUCUCUAGAGGAUUUUGGUCAGUUGGGCGGCAGCGGGCGGCGGCUCCGGUCGGAGUGUCGUAGCGAGCAGGACGACACGUUAAUGCAGUCGUGGGACUCGCUGACCAAGUUCAACCAGAGCCAGCGGGGACGCAUCUCCAACAUGUCCCUGGAGGGGGACAUCUUCGACGAGUUCCUGCAGCGUCAGUCCCGCCGCCCCACAGCCGUCCCCUCCGACCCCGCCGCCUCUGAUCCCGUGACCUCUGACCCCGAGGACGACCCCCGCGACCCUCCGGACGAGGACUUCGAGAUUCCGGUUCUGCCUCAGGGGCGCCACCUGCUGAUCAGCAUCCUGUCCACGUGGGGGGACCGGCACUACGUGGGGUUAAACGGUAUAGAGAUCUACAGCUCCAGCGGGGAGCCGGCGUCUCCCGUCAGCGUCACGGCCGACCCCCCCGACAUCAACGUGCUGCCGGCGUACGGCCGAGACCCCCGCGUCGUCUCCAACCUGACGGACGGCGUGAACCGCACGCAGGAUGACAUGCACCUGUGGCUCGCCCCCUUCACCCCCGGCCGAAAGCACCUGAUCUCUCUGGACCUGGGCUCCACCCUCCGCCUGGCCAUGAUCCGCAUCUGGAACUACAACAAGUCCCGCAUCCACUCCUUCAGGGGCGUGAGGGAGGUGGAGAUGAUGCUGGACGGACGCUGCAUCUUCAGAGGGGAGAUCGCCAAAGCCUCCGGGACACUGACGGGAGGGCUGGAUCAGUUUGGAGAUACGAUUCUCUUCACCACUGAUGAUGACAUUCUGGAGGCGAUGUCUCGAUUUGAUGACACAUUUGGAGGGAAUGUGGAGGGGGCGGAGCCUGGGUUGGAGGAGGAGGAGCUUCAGAGGCCGAGGACGGCUGACGGAGAGGGAGAGGAAAGACCAUUUACACAGGCCGGAUUCAGAGAGUUGAAGCAGGAACCUGUAGUAGAAGUAUCUGCUGAUCCUGAGCUCCAGAGUUGUGGACUCUACAGAGGCAGGACUCUGCGGCUGGGUCUGUUCUCGACGUGGGGGGACUCUCAUUACCUGGGUCUGACUGGGUUGGAGGUCGUGGGUAAGGAGGGCGAGAGCAUCCCUGUUGACGUUUCCAUGGUAACCGCAUCACCUCGUGACCUCAAUGACCUCCCCGACUACAGUGAUGACCUGCGAACUCUGGACAAGUUGUUUGAUGGACAGAACGUGUGCACUGAUGAUGAACACAUGUGGCUCAUCCCGUUUUCCCCUGGCUCUGACCACACCCUCACUAUCGACUUCAGCCAAUCACAGACCAUCGCCGGCCUACGCAUCUGGAACUACAACAAAUCACCUGAGGACUCUUAUAGAGGGCUGCAGACGUUGCGGGUGUGUGUGGACGGAGUGUGUAUCUCUCCUCCGGACGGGUUUCUGAUCCGGAAGGGUCCGGGGAACUGCCACUUCGAUUUCGCUCAGGAGAUCCUGUUCAUGGACUACCUGCAGUCCCCCACCUCCACCACCGGGGGCAGCAGAAACUCACAGGACUCACACAGGGUUGUAAGCAGGACUGAAGAACAGGCCAGUAUGGAGUACGAGGCUCCGCUGAUGCCGUGUGGAUUCAUUUUCCAGCUGCAGCUGUUGACCACGUGGGGGGAUCCGUACUACAUCGGCCUAAACGGCCUGGAGCUCUACGACCAAAACGACCAGAAGAUAACCCUCACUGAGAACAACAUCGCAGCGUUUCCGGACAGUGUGAACGUGUUGGACAGUGUGUGUGGUGAUGUUCGCACACCCGAUAAACUGAUUGACGGCGUCAACAGCACACACGACGGACGCCACAUGUGGCUCGCCCCCGUACUGCCGGGACUGGUGAAUAGAGUGUAUGUAAUAUUUGAUCAGCCGAUGACCGUCUCCAUGAUCAAACUGUGGAACUAUUCUAAAACACCCCAGAGAGGAGUCAAGGAGUUCGGGCUCCUGGUAGAUGAUCUGUUGGUGUAUAACGGAGUGCUGGAGUGUGUGACGCACGUCUCCCGGGGAAUCCUGCCCACCCUGGACCCCAUCGUCCCGUAUCACACCAUCCUGUUCACCGACAACACACACAUCACCCAGCGCGAGAGGAACACCGUCAUCAGCCCCAGACGCUGUUCACACCAUAAACCUGCUGAAGCUGUCUCACACACCUGUCUGUCUCACAGCAACCACGUCGAGGACCAGGACGUCAAGAUGACCAACGAGAACCAGAUCGUACAUCACCACAAGAAGAAACAAACAGCAGACCCGGCUCUGAGACCCAAAACCUGCAUGACCGACACAGGAAAACGCGGGAAACGGCGAUACUGAGAAAUAGAGAGAGAGAGAGAGAGAGAGAGAGAGAGGAAGAGAGGGAUUAGUGAGUGAGUGUGAGUUAAGGUUAGAUAUAAUAAUUGAGGAAGAACUGAACACACACUCUGAGCUGCUGUAGUGUACCACACACCUCUGCACAUGUAAGAUAUGUACAGUAUAAACCUGUAUAUCCACUAAUAUAAACUUAUAUACUCAUUAAUAUUCAUCUGUAUAUCCACUGAUAUUAAUACUGAAUCUGUAUAUUUGAGUGAUGAGGUGUAAUAUAGAGAUAUAACCCGUAUAUAUUCUUCUCACUGAUAAAAUAAACUCUUUAAACUAAGUGUC